AAGCACUCUAAGCUGCUUCCAAAAGCGCCAUCAGCUUUCUCAAAAAUGCAAUUUGCCACAUCAAUGACCGUACUUCUCUUUCUUUUUGCGCAUGUUCAGUGUAUUCCGGUAAAGGGAAUUGACCUGAAUAGACUUCCCAGGCCCGAAUCACCACAAGAGCAGCCUGAAGAACGCAUACCGACCAAAAAAGAACUUCCAGCGAAUUUUAUCAUAAAGAAACGAAAGGAUAAAAAUGACCCAAACUCACCUGCGUACAAAGCUAGAAUGCUUGCGAAUAUGACAGGACACCCAAGAAAUUCAAAGGAAUACAAGAAAGUAUACGAUUCACACUAUUUCAAAUUACGUAAAGAACAAGGUUCAAAAUUCUACGAAGGCAUGACGAAAGAUCCUGAACUAAGUGCCAAAAUGCAUAAAGAAGGUCAAAGACGUUCUACAACCAGAUUUAACAGGGCUUUACAAGAGCGAAAGAGGACCGGAAAUAUGACAUCUGCCGAUAGAAGAUACUAUGAAAUGUCAAAUAAAAGGGCAAGGGAACUUUAUAAAAAGGAUCCCCAAGCCUGUAAAGAGCGUGGUAGAAGAUUUCGUCUGAAAGUGAAAGCUUUGAAAGAGCGGCUCAAGCCUGUAGAAAAAGAAUCAAAACCGGUUGACGAAAGCCACGCAAACGAAUAAUAUGUUACCCCCGAAUACACCGCUUUUUGCAUAUUUCUAAGAGUUUCAAUCAUCUCGAAUAGCAAAGUUGUAACAAUUUACCUUUCUUUCUCUCUUUCAUG